GUUCAGGGUCACCAACCACCAGACCAGGCUGCCCAGAGCCUCAUCCAGCCUGGCCUCAAAUGCCUCCAGGGAUGGGGGUGAUGCAAUGGCCAAUAUGAGUGACUGCAAAGAGUCACUCGGACACCGGGCUGCAGCUGCCAGGAACACAACACAGAGCUCUGCAGGGCUCUGUUCUCCGAGUUCCUCCAGGGCAAUGCUGCAGCAUGUGGCAGCACGUCGUGCUGGAGAGCUGAUGGGAAAGGAGCCGAGUCUUUUUCCAUGCUGUCGGCAGGGAAACUCUGCAGUGUUUCAGCCAUACGGGAAGUGCUCUGGGGAUGUGUAAUCAGAUAUUCCCCCUUUGCAGCUCAUCACCCAAAUUGCUCAUUCUGAUGUGAUAUUUUCUUAGCAGGUAUCACCCUAUAAAGCAUUGAUCUGAACCCUUCAAGGAGCCAAAUGAAACCAGGUUCUUUAUUAUGUGACCUGCAUCUAUUUUUUGAGGCAUUCAGAGAACUCUGUUGGUUGAUAAACUGGCCUUCACAAAGUGAUGUCCUGCUGCCCAGAGAGCAGUGUUUGUGUCUGUAACCUACAGAGCGGAUGCUUUGGGCAGCAAGAGCGUCCGCAAAGCAAUUCUCAUACUAGGAGAGAUGAGAUUUCAUUUCAAUACCAAAGUCACACCUUGUAUUAACCCAAUCGCAUGUCCUGAUACAAGCAGCAGCACCAGGCAGACUUUGUAGCCCGGGUCUCUUUCGGUCUCCUGUUCCUGGCUAGAAAAGCUUGUAGUCAUCGAAACAAUGAGGAGCCAUUUUCUGUCCUGGGAACAGAUUGCUAAGUUCCCAUAAGGCAAAACACAAUUAUGCAAUGAGGCAGCAUACUGUCCCAGGCAUGCACAGUCUUGUUAUGCACUCUCAGCACUAACAUUCCAGCAUGCAGCUGCUCACAGGAGUGCUGCACAAAAUGGUGCAGAGCCCUUCAAUGUGCUGCAAGGCCACAUAGAGCCCCCUCAACUUGUUUCCUAGCAGAAGCAGCUCUGCUUCUUGCAGGCUCUGUGACCCAGAUAGAGCCGUGCCCUCACAAGGUGCCAAGUGAAAUGAAUCAAGGUAUAUCUGUUGAAAAAGCUCCAUGCAGUAAAUGGAAUGGGGAAUAGAACAAAUGAAAUACCACCGUAACAUUUGGUUGGCAAAGGUGCUUUCCAGCAGAUCUGGCUGAAUGGUGAGCGCUGAUGGAUGGAUCCAGUGAUCCAGUGUCACACUGCUCCAUUACCAAUGAGUUAUCUCUAAUUCAUAGGGGUGAAACUUGUCCACAGCAUUUGUAAAGGGAAGGAUUAAUCUUAGUAACCCCAUUGCAUUCUAGGUGCAGCUGCACUCUACUUCUGCAGAUCUGUGCAUACACACACAUAGGAACUUCCACAUUCACACACACAGCUACUGCAGCUCACUGCCAGCUGUAAGCAGAUUAAGAGGAAGCCCCAUUCCCACUGCAGACACAAAACACUCCCACAGCGGUGAACUUUAGACUGACUGUUGACCUCUGUUUUUCCAUAUUAGAAACUCUUCUUCCCAAGCCAAUCUGCUUCCAAAAAAGAACAGCUUAAACCCUGAUGGUCUUUAAUAUUGUUAUAAUGGGGAGUCUAUUGUUUCUUAUUAACGUUACUCCAAUCCUCUUAAAAGGAGGAUCCUAUCUUGCUAUCAGCCUGGCUCAGGCACAUUUUUAGCUACAGGUCAUUUGUUUCCAGCUGACACAGAUAAGUGGUCGGUUUCAAAACACCUGGGAUGAUGAGGAUCAGGGCUGGUAGCCCCAGUAGGAAUAGGGAACAGUGAUGGGAAGAGGGUUUUUGACAGCAGGUGGCUGUGACUAACCCUAUACCAGGCUUCUAUAGAGCUGGAGGAGGCCAGUAUUAUAGAUAGACAUGGCAAACAGAAAUGCUUCAACAGGAAAACACAUGGAAGAGGAAUGAAGAAGCCUCAGGUUUUAAAAACACACGUUUCUAUAUAGGAAGGAAAUAAAAGAUGUGUUGCUUUUCAUUGAAAAUGUCCAUCAUGGAGAGAAAUAGGAAUGUCUGCCUCAGUUCUUUAUCACUUGGUGUAGAGUUAAGCCUGGAGUAGGCAUUCAAUUAACUUUAUAUGUCAGCUGUCCCAUUAACAUCAGCAGCUUCUCUCAUGUGAGUGGAGUUGUACGUAUUUUAUCAGGGUUUGCUCUUAAGGUUUCUCAUUCACUUGCCUGAUUUCACUGGAAAGCUGGAGAAUUCCCUGCAAACAGGCGCUAUGUGCCUUCAUUAGGAAAGCUGAUGGGAGGGAGCUUAGGAUCCUUCUUUGUAAUGAAAAACACAGUGAAGUGAACAGAGCUGUGGGUGCUUAUGUGCAGGAGGACCCUGCAGCCUCUUCAGGCUGCUUCUAAAUAGGGCACGGCCCAGAACAUCUGAAGGUCUCUGUGGCUCAUGGGUGGGAAUCUCCUAAUGAUCUUAGUUAUUUUUAUACGUGUCUGCUGCCACAUGCUGCUCUGCCCCAGCACAGAGAACAGCUCUGUGAGCACCGAGCGAGCACACGUAGCCGGGGAGGUGGGCACAGCCUGGGGAAGGAGAAAUUAAGAGACAACAGCAACACAAAGGAACAAUAUUCACAUCAAACAGAGGCACGGAACAGCAAGAGAAAGGAAAACUAAAAGUGUUGUAAAGGACCGUACAAGCCAAAGGACUUUGGAUUUUUCUCUUCUUCCCACUUUACGGAGCAAAAUGGGACAGCAGUUUACCAAUGCUGAGGGGGAACAGACAGAGAUCGAUGUUGCUGAACUGCAGGAAUGGUAUAAGAAGUUUGUGGUUGAAUGUCCCAGUGGAACCCUCUUCAUGCACGAAUUCAAGAGGUUCUUUGGAGUCCAGGAUAACCACGAAGCAGCAGAGUACAUUGAAAACAUGUUCAGAGCUUUUGAUAAGAAUGGGGAUAACACCAUUGAUUUUCUGGAGUACGUGGCUGCCUUGAAUCUUGUUUUACGGGGAAAACUGGAGCACAAGCUGAGGUGGACGUUCAAAGUGUAUGACAAGGAUGGGAACGGCUGCAUAGACAAACCUGAGCUGCUAGAAAUUGUUGAGUCCAUCUAUAAGCUGAAGAAGGUGUGUCGAUCAGAGGUGGAGGAGAGAACCCCACUGCUCACACCGGAGGAGGUUGUGGACAGGAUAUUUCAGCUGGUGGAUGAGAACGGGGAUGGGCAGCUGUCCCUGGAUGAGUUCAUCGAUGGGGCCAGGAAGGACAAGUGGGUGAUGAAGAUGUUGCAGAUGGAUGUGAACCCCGGGGGAUGGAUCACAGAGCAGAGGCGGAAAAGUGCUUUGUUUUGAGGGAGCCCAGUUUUGAUAUGGCUGAAGAUGUGAUGCAGACUGUGGCUGUGGCUCUUACUCCGGGGUGUAGUGGCUUUCCUUGUCAAUGCAAUCUCAGCAUCCAGAUGAAAACUGCAGCGGCUAAAGAAGCCAUAUCUCAAUCUAAACCCAUGUGCUGCGAGGACUCCUGGGACCCAGAGACUAUUUUUGGCCCAUGAAUAAGUCUCUCUGUGUACACAAUGCCAAUCUGGGUUUUGGUUACACCCCGAGGAGCAAACUUUCCAUGGUGGAGUGGAGCAGGACCUGGGCAGCAUCUGGUCCAGCCAACAGAGCAGGGAAGUGAGGAGUCCUAUGUGGCAGUGCCAUCUCUGUGCAGGGCAGCAUCUGCAUCACUGAUAUAACAGAUGCUAAUCCAAAAGCAAUGGCAAUAGGGGUGCUCUGAUGACAGUCUGUACCAUCUGGAAUACUGUUAUGACACAUAAGGCAUAUUUAGUGGAUUAUACUAAUAAUAACGUGAGGUGAUUGAACACCAAUGUAUUGUAGAUUAUAAGGUUUAUACUCAGUGUUAAGAAAGAAAGAAAAUCAAGAAAAUCAGCACAGCUUGGAGGUUGAGCUCUUGCUGUUCUUACAGCUGACCCAUAUUCCUACAUACCUGUAUGAAAGAAUUUGAGUCGGCCUCGUUCUUGGGUUCGCUUCCCUUGGAUUUAUUUUCACCUGCAAAAUAACAUGAGCUUUCCUGUUUUACUUUUCCCUUGGGAUCACUGAGCUGAGCCACAUCCAUGAAGAAGCUGGCAAUCUCUCUUUGGGUUUUUUGUGGCCUUUAAUCAUGACAGUAGAACCUUUCACCAGGUGACCACUUUGCUGGCUUGCAGUUUAGUCCACUUAACCAAUGUUUAAGCCCAUUAAUAGGAGGAAGUGUUUAGGGUAGGGCACAGUCAGUGCUGGAGACUGAAUGCACAUCCAUUUCCACAUUGAAACAGCCUUUCUAAGAGCUCUCUGUAAAUAAUGUUCUCACUCAUGGCAUGCCUGCUUAUCACAGCAGAUUAGACUCCUCUCUUGUGUUGCUGCGAGGAAGCAUUCAAGGCUCAUUCAAGUCAACAGUUUCCCCACCUGAAAUAAACAUCUCCCUUCCAGCUGAUGUGGGAGACAAUGAUUCACUUUGCUGAUUUUUCAGCCUCUUGGACAGACAUUCCCAUGGCAGAAUCCAAAUCAAACCCUCCCAUUUCCAGCAUCUCAGGCAACGUGAUCUUCCGUUUCUGCUUCUCGUAGUUCUUAACCCAAAUGGUUCUGGAGUUACUGUAGCUUCACACCGCGGUUUAACCAAACUGCUGUGGGUUUUGGUGCCCUGCUCCCCAGUGGAGCUGCAUCUCUGUGCUGGGGUGGUAGAGGGCAUCCUAACACCAAGCAGACGGUGCCAGGAGUUUUAUACCGUGCGCUUAAUAAAGGUCGGUUUGUUAAAAGCUGGUUUGCAGCAGUUAUUUAUUGUUAAUGAAGCUUGAGGACUCGAGUGGCUGACCACCAUUCCGGUGUUUAGGGCUGAUAAAAUGCAUUUAAGGGAAGUAAUGGGAGUGAAUGGCUGCAGCUGA